GCGGAGCACGGGCCCUUCGACGGGCUGCUGGGCUUCAGCCAGGGCGCGGCGCUGGCCGCCAUGGUGUGCGCGCUGCGGGCCCGCGGCGACCCGCGCUUCCCGGUGGCUUUCGCCGUGCUGGUGGCCGCGUUCGCCAGCCGCGCCCCGGCACACGGACACUUCUACCGGGAGCCCAUCGCCCUGCCCACGCUGCACGUCGUGGGCGACACGGACGCCGUCAUCGCAGCGCCUCUCAGCAGGGAGCUGGCCCGGUGCUUCGUGGAGCCCGUUGUCCUCACGCACCCCGGCGGGCACUUCAUCCCCGCGGCCGCGGCGCAGAAGAAAGCUUACCUGGAAUUCUUGGAACGCUUCUGCCCCCGGCAGGGCCAGGCCGAGCGCCCAGGGCCUGGGGAGGUUCGAGAAUAAAUAAAAAAGGGCUCCGGUGAGCCACGUGCAGCCAGCCAUCCUGUGAAACAUCACUGUUGCCCUGCCUCCAGAGGGACCAGAGAACUGCUCACUGCACAUUCUGCUCUUCAGUUCACCCAGGCCAGGCUAAACGGUUCUUUAUCUCCCUAUUUUACAGCUUUUUUUUACACAUCUGGAUAAAAUAUAUACAUAUAUAUGUAUAUACAGUUAUGUAUAUAACAAUAUGACAUGUAACCUGCAAGUGUGGGGGUGUGACAGUGAGGGGGUUGAAGGCAGGAGGGUGACACUGCUUUGUGUGCAAGGUGCUUUCAGAGGCUCAAACACCUGCUCAAAAUGAGAGUCGCUCAGCUCAGCCACAGGAAGUGUGUGCAGAGCACAGAGCUGCAGUUUUACACCCCAAAGACUCGUGGUUUUUAAUAUCUCUUAAGCCAAGCUUCCAGCUGCUCUGGGCCUGGAAAACCCUCUCAUCCUUGGCAGUGCCAGGGCUGAUGUUUUGCUUCAGGAAUGAAAUUCCUGCUGGCUUGGUGUGCAUAUGUUGAAUCUUCCCAGCACAAAGUGCCUCCAUGAACAAGAAAAACUUGUCAUUGUUCGUGGCUCUGCAUUAUCCAGAAGCACACGAAAAUCUUUAUUGCUGUAACAGUUGCAGGUGUUCUGCCCAGCUCAGCACAGAGCACCAGUCUCAGGAGAGGAGUCCUAGCAGAGCUUCUCUAACCAUGGCCUUCCUUGGGGGUGUAGAGUUGGUAAAAGAGGGAAAUUGGGUGAAAAAUGUGAAUUUCCCCCCUGCUUGAGCAGCGGGGCAGCGCAGUGUCAGCUGUGUGAGGGCUGGAGGGCACUGAGCUGCUGGGAGCAGGCCUGGGAGCUGCCGUGGGUUAAACCAGCGCAGCAGGAGUGAGCAGAUCUCAGCCCCAUCAGUUUUUCCCCCCGGUUUGCAGAUGGUGAUGGUGGCAGGAGGAUGUGGCUGUUCCCCUGCAGCCCAGCCCUGCUGUGCUGCUGCCCCGCGGGGCUGGGAGGGCUCGGGCAGUGCUGGCCGUCUGUGCUCUCCACCUUGGCUGUGUCACAUCUGCUGCGGAGGCGCGGGGUGUCUGCACCCAUUGGUGACCAUAUCGGGGACACCACGGGCUGGGGUUUUUUUGGGGGCUGC